AUGAGUGUAGUUCCGACACAGCGAGAUGGCUAUAGUCUAUCGAGCGACGAUUUGAUACCUUCUGACAUUGACGAGUGUAAGUCCGGCACAGCAAGAUGCAAUCACACAUGUGCCAACACACAGGGGUCAUUCACAUGUUCCUGCAGAAGCGGCUAUAGUUUACUGAGCGACGGCAGAACAUGUUCAGAUGUAAAUGAGUGUAGUUCCGGUACAGCGAGAUGUAGUCACAUAUGUACUAACACACAAGGCGCAUUCACAUGUUCAUGUAGAAGCGGCUAUAGUCUAUCGAGCGACGGUCGAACAUGUUCUGACAUUGACGAGUGUAGUUCCGACACAGCAAGAUGCAAUCACACAUGUGCCAACACACAAGGGUCAUUCAUAUGUUCCUGUAUAAGCGGAUAUAUUUUAUCGAGUGACGGCAGAACAUGUUCAGAUGUAAAUGAGUGCAAUUCCGGCACAGCAAUAUGUAGUCACACAUGUACCAACACAGAAGGUUCAUUCCGUUGUUCCUGUAGAAGCGGCUAUAAUUUAUCGAGCGACGGCAAAACAUGUUCUGAUAUUGACGAGUGUAGUUCAGACACAGCAAGAUGCAAUCACACAUGUGCCAACACACAAGGGUCAUUCAUAUGUUCCUGUAGAAGCGGAUAUAGUUUAUCGAGUGACGGCAGAACAUGUUUAGACAUUGACGAGUGUAGUUCCAACACAUCAAGAUGCAAUCACACAUGUGCCAACACACAAGGGUCAUUCAUAUGUUCUUGUAGAAGCGGAUAUAUUUUAUCGAGUGACGGCAGAACAUGUUCAGAUGUAAAUGAGUGUAGUUCCGGAAAGACAUUGACGAGUGUAGUUCCAACACAUCAAGAUGCAAUCACACAUGUGCCAACACACAAGGGUCAUUCAUAUGUUCUUGUAGAAGCGGAUAUAGUUUAUCGAGUGACGGCAGAACAUGUUCAGACAUUGACGAGUGUAGUUCCGACAUAG